GUCUAUACAUGUAUCGAAACCACAACUGGAUAUUAGAAGGUUAUUACGGACUCGGUGAGGCAAUCGCUGAAAACAAAAUCCGUGAUCUUGAUCAGGCAAUUUGGAAAAACGAAGGCAAAAUUUAAAUAAGCGGUGAGAUGUCUGUUGCUAUUAAAGCUACAUUUUGGGUGGUGUCGUUUGGAACCCUCGGUUACGCACUAUUCAAGUUGGUCAAACCUAAUGAUGAACUACUUAAGCAGUUUGACGAAGGUUCUAAAUUCACCGAUGCUAGAAGAGUAAGUCAUCAAACCGUUGAUGUUUUAAAAGAAGCUGCAAAACCAGAUUCAGACUUAAAAAGAUUAAGUAGAAGAGAUGCACAACGCUUAGAAAAACUGCAAAAGGCUCAUAAAGCCAGGGAAGAAGUAGAUGCCUCUAAUGAAAAUGAAGAUUACUUUUCCGGCUCAUUUAAAAUUAAAUCUGAAUACAUUGAAGACUUACUCAUGCAAGUUCCAACUUUAGAAUUAAAUGUAUUGCCCUCCCACUUUGAUAGUAUAAAAAGAGAAGUAAACGAAUUACAAAAAUAUGUUGUAACAUCAUCAUUCUUCUUGAAGGAAUUCAACAUGCGUAAAUAUUUGGGUAUUGUACAGAAUCUGCAAACGAAAUGCUAUGAAUUAGAAGAAAGGUACGUGCCCAGAAAAAAGUUUGGAUUCUCUAAGAAAAAGAUACCCAAAUCUCACACCGAGAAACAAGGCUCACUCGAUGAAAAUGAUUCAGCAAGAAAGACAGACAAUAAAUGGGAUGAAAAACUUUUUGGUUUUGAUUCACAAAAAGACAAAGUGCUUGUACUUGAAAACGAUGAUUUGUUCCAAAGGGAUGUUGCUUUACGGAAUCUUACAAACUGUACCGUGGGUCUCAAGGGAGUGAUGGGCACUUUGCAUUUAACUAAUUUAGAAAACUGUGUAGUACUUUCCGGUCCAGUUACUUCAUCUGUGUUCAUGGAGAAAUGUAUCAACUGUAAAAUUGUUACGGCCUGCCAGCAAUUAAGAAUGCAUUCAUCUAGUAAUUGUGACAUUUAUUUACAUGUUACUAGCAAGGGAAUAGUUGAGGACUGCACAGCCAUAUGUACUGCUCCAUACAAUUUGUAUUAUGAAGACUUAGAAAAGCAUUUCAAUAUGUCUGGUUUGGACCGGAAUUCUAACAACUGGGACCGUUUGGACGAUUUCAAUUGGCUGGCUCCAGACAUCCCGUCACCUAAUUGGUCAGUUUUGAAUGCAGAGUUACGCAACAAAAGUUGGGACGAGUGGUGGUCAAGGAUUCCUUCCUAAUAGUUUAGAGUAGAUUAUAUAAAUUUGCAGUGUUAUAUGAAGCUAUACAUAACCCAUAAAUGUAACAUCUAAUUUAGUUACAGCAACUAAUUUGUAUGUAAAAGCUGAUUUACAAAUUAUUUUCUACUUCAUUAAUAUUUGUUGACCAAUUUGUUGAAGUGUUGGAUAAUAAUGAAAUUUUAUAAGCAAGUCUUGGUUCAAUGAUGAAGUGGAAAAGUAUCCUAUAACUAGAGCAGCUUCACGGAAGCUCGUAGCUUUGAUGAUUUUAGUUUAGAAGACAAAUAGCUAGGAAACAAAUGUAACAAGUAUACUUUCUACAUUACAAGUGUCCUUGCCUUAGUAAUCUGAUACAUUUUUGAGCAAAUUGAUCAAAUGUUUAUAUCAUAACUUUCGUUAGACAUACUAAAUUAUUGUUUUUCGGCUUACUCACGUAAUUAUUGAGUAGCAGCGUGACAGUCGCCGGAAUGCUGCUCAUGAAUAUGAGCCUCUAGCAUGGCUUGAAACUAGUCGAGUUCCUCGUCAAAUAAUUACGUGGGUAAGCCGAAAAACAAUAAUUAAGUUGAUCAAAGGAAUACACAUGAAUUAUGGUAAACACUAUACUUAAAAGAGUGGGGAAUAGAGACUGUAAUGGCUGCAGACCAAGCAUAAUAAACAUUUGUCACUAUUGCAGUAUAAAGUACAACCCCCAUAGCAUUUAAUAAGAUUCCAUAAUGAAAACUAGGGCUGCACAUUGUACCUUCCGUUCAACAUAACAAUUGAUAGAAAAAUAAAAACUUGUAUUUUUUCUAAUAUUCAAAGUUAAUGUUCAUAGGUUAUAUUAUGUCAACCACAAAUUAUGUUAGGCAAUCAUCUGCUUAUUUAAUUCACUUAUAUAAUAAUUUAUGGAAUAAAUAACUUUAUUAUUAGAA